AUGAUAGCUUUUUAGAUACAUUUAUUAUGGUUUAAAUAAUAUAUUCAUAUAUAAUUUAAAAUUUAAUUUAUAUUUGAAUUUUUAUUAUAAACAUAAAUAUAGAAUGAUAAUUAUUUUAAUAUAAAAGCGAAAAAAACCGGGUAUUUUUCUCAAAAAUUCCAAAAACAAGAUGAAAAGCCAUCAGAAGAAUAAAUGCAACAUGAAAAAUCAGAAAACUACAUUCUGAAAAAUUUUAACAUAUCCAUAAAAGUAAAACUCGAUUUAUUAGAAUAUCCGAAAGUUGAAAUUAAUAUAACCACAAAUGACAUAGUAAUAUUCCUAAAAUAAAACUAAGUAAGGCUAUUAAUCAAAUCUUUAAAAGAAUUAGCGAACUACAAUUCUGAAAGGCCUAAAAUAAGACCUUUAGAAAUACCUUUAGACAAUCAAUUAGUUUGUAAUGGAGCUAUGUAAUGGUGGAAAUAUAUAAUUGAUAAAGUAAUAACUUUAAAAAAAUUAUCAAUCAAAAUGAAGCAAAAAAGCUUAGUGGGUUUUUUGCGAGCUGCUAAAUAUAGAAGAUAUUAUACGAAAAAGCGAAUAAAUUCAAGGCUAAAAGAAAACGAAGUUUACUUUUUGGAAAAUUUUGAAAUGGAAUUUCCUUUAUAACAAUUAAUAAUCUUAAGAAAAAUGGCCAUUAAUAAUAUUGUCGAAAAUAAAGAAAAAUUAAAUUCGAGCAACUUUAAUCAUAAAUAUGAAGCAGAAAAAUGGUUUUAUAGUAUUGAUUAGUAUGAAUCCUUUGAUUAAAUAAUUAAUGAAAAAAUUUAAUAAGAGUAAUCACAUAACAAUUCAAAUUCUAAAAGUAAAAAAUAAUAAAUUACAUUUAACAUUGAAUUAGAUAUUUUUAGUUUCCAUAUUCUAGUAGAAGAAAACGAAAUGCUGAAAGAUAUAAAAAAUCUUCAUUAUUAAGCUAAACUAUUUAAAAACUCAUUUAGAAAUAAUCCUAAACUUUAAGAAUAAAUAUUAACUCAUAUAAAAAAAACUUUUCUUCAUGAAUUAAGUAAAAAAGGACUGAAGUAAUUUCAAGAAAAUCUAGAAAAAGACAAAAAUAAUAUCAAAAAGAUAAAUUCUUCAAAAAUAUUAGAAGGUUAAAAUUGGAAUUUUAACAAUUUGAAAAAUUCAAAAAAAUUACUUUUGCAUCUACAUAUAAAUAAUUUUUUACUCAUAUAUAGCCAAGAUAAUACUAAAUUACAAUAAAUACAAUUUGAUUUGGAUUCUUUUUAAAUAACUGACAUGCAUUCUUUAAAUAAGCAUUAUAAUAUAUUAAUGUAAAUAAACGAAGGAAUACAAAUAGUAUUCAAAAACCAAUCUUCAAAAAAUCUUUAGUAAACAGGCACCAAAGAUAAUCUAUAUAUAUCAAAUUAAAAUCUUGACAUUAACAUUCCAGUAAUAAAAAUUACUUUAACAAAGCCUUUUGUAGAGAGAUGCAAUUAAAUUAUUAGUAAAGAUUAAAAAAUGGAAAAUAAUUUAAAAGAAAAAUAAAAUGUUUAUAAAUAAGAAGAAUAUUUCAAUAAUUUCCUUAUUCAAAAAGACAUUGAGAAAACUUGCUUUACCAACAUUUCAUUUUAAAUUGGAAAAAUAAACGUUUUUAUUCCUACAAAUUAUCAAUUAUAAUCAGAAAUGUUAGCCUUAUAAAUAAAAAAAAUUUAAAUUUUAAAAAGGGAACAUGAUACUUUAAUAAAUAAAGAAGUAUAUGACGAAUAAAAUUUAAGAAUAAAAUCAGCUUCUUAAAUCUAAAUGGAUUUAUUUAAUUAAAUUUAGGAACCUUUAAUAAUCGCAAUAGAUUGCUUUAAAAUUUUAAUAGUCAAAAGUUAUGAUUGGGAGGAAAAAUAUAAUAUUUUUUUAUAUAAUUACAAGAAAGUUGAACAAAAAUCAUCUAAAAGACUAAAUACAGUCGAAUAUGAGCAAGAAGAUGUAAAAGAAUAAGUAAAAGAAGAUUAAAAUGAAAAAACUGAAGACUUUACUGAAAAAAAUGCAGGAGAGUAAGAAAUAAUACUAGAAUCGCUUUCCUUAUAAAUAAAAAUAGAAAACACUUACGCUUAAAAAGUAGUAGGCUCUAUAAUUUACCUCGAUAACAAUAAAAAGAUAAACUUGUAAAAAAAAAUAACUCCCCAAAGUCAAAUAUGUAAAAUCUAAUUACCCUUUUUAAUCAUAAAUUUAUCAAUAAAAUAACUCUAAACAAUAAUUUAUUUAUUUUAAUUAUGGAGUAUCAAAGGGUAUAAUUUUUAAACAUUAAUAAAUGAAUGGGAUGAAAAACAAAACUUAUAAUUUUAAUAAAAUGACGAAAAAAAUAGGUCUUUUAUGACUUCUUAAUUAAAAAAAUAAAUCGAAUAGCAUGUUCAUUAUCCGGAUAAUAUAAAGGAAAUGCUAAAAACGCACUUUUUUAAUACUUUAGAAGUUUUUUUAGAAGGAUUUUAAAUAAAUCUACUGGUUUGUCCAAAUGAAAAAAUCCAAAAAAUAAAAGAUUAGUUUUUCCAUUCUAAUAAUAUAUUGAGUAUUACAGGUCAUAAUGUCACAUUUUUAUCAUAAAGUAAAUUUUUUGAGAAUUUUUAAAAUAUUCAAUUGAAUGAAUUUAUUAUUUAAAAUUAAAAUUGUUGUUAGUAGAAAAUCUAGGAAAAAAUAAAGUAAUUGAGCACUAAAUAAUUGUCAGAAAGUGACUAUUAGAUGAUUAUGUUAAAAGAAUGUCCCAAAAAUAAAAAAAUAAAUCAAUUUUUAAGUAUUAAUAAUAAUAAUAAUUCGUCUUCAAAUAAUUCUGAUUUAAAAAUUAAUUUUAAUUUAAUAAAAAAAGCAGAAGGGAAUAUAGAAACUAUAAAUGAAAGUUUUGAUUAAGAUAUGAAGUAUUUUUUCAAUUAAAUAAAUUAAUAAAUAAAUGAUAAAAAUAAAGUUAAUUAAAAAUAAUAAAACGAAAAUGAAAAUCAAAUUUUUGUAGAUUUAUUAAAAUUUGAAGAAGAAAAUCUGAUGAUUAAAAAUAAAAACAAUGAAAAAUGUUCACUUUGUUUUGAAAAAAAUUCCUAAAAAAAAUUUCUUAUUUUAAAUUUUUAAUAAGGUUUUAAUAAAUUUUAAACUUAAUAAGAAGAUAUAUUACCUGAUAUUUCAGUUUCUAUUAUUUCAUAUAAUGAAUAGUAUUUUUUUGCCUAUCCAAAAUUUUAAGGAUUGAUUACUCCUUUGAAAAUUAAUUUGGAAUUAAAAAGUACGAUUCUUACUUUAGAUCCAGUUUAAAUAGCCUAUUUAAAAGGCAUUUUAGAUAUUACUUCGAUUUAUAUAAACUAAAGAAUCGAAGAUUAUAAAGAAUUUAUGUAAACGAAAGGUUUCACGGCUACAUUUUAGGAAUAAAAAACUUAAAAAAAUAAUUAAAAAAAAUUGGAGGAAAAUAAUUUAGAUGAAAAUAAUAAAGUAAUAUUGUCAAAUAUAAGAGUAGAAAUACCUUCACUGAGUGUAAUAAUGUUGCAUAAUUCAAGCCUUAAAAGUAAAGACUAAAAUAACAAAUUAUUACCUGUUUUUGUGCUUAAUAUGAAAGAUAUUUUAUUUAAUUAAAAAAACUUUGAAAACGACACUUAGAUGAAAUUUAUCUCUAAAAAUAUUUCUUUAUUUGAUGUCGGAUAAUUUUCAGGAUUACAUACUUAAAUAUUAGGUAACAUUGAAAACGGAUAAAAUGAAUUAAGUUUAGAAUUUAAUAUAAAAAAUACGGAACUAAUAAACUAAAAUAAUAAUUACUCUACAUACAUAGGAGUUAAAAUCAAGAACUCAAAAAUAGUUUUCUUAAAAAAAAAUACGAUAGAACUCCAAACAUAUAUCCUUAAAUUUCUUAUGAAUUCUAUAUAAAAUAAAACUACAGUAGAAGAUAUUAAUUUUAUGAAAAAUUAUAGCCGAUUAUUAAUUAAACAAAAACACGAUUUAAUUUAUUCAUUAAAAACUCCAAAAGCAAAACAAUAAUAAUAAAAAUUCAAAGAAAAUAAAACUGAUUAGGAAUAAGUAUACUCAGACUCAAGAAUAGAGAUAGCGAUUAUAGACUCCAUAACUUCUGUAUAUAGAAACUCUUUAAGUGAAAAAGACGGAUUAUUUCUCAAAUUUUCCAAAAUCGGAUUUUGGUUUACAGGAAAGUGGGGAAUGGAAUUUAUUUAAAAUGGUUUAAUAGACAAAGGAUUGCAUUUUUUUGAAAAUGAGACUAAUUAAACUUAAUAGGAAGUUUUUUCUUAAAGCAAUUCCUAUAGAGGUUCUUUUUAAGACGUAAUAAGUAGUUUUAAUGAGGCUGAAUUUAUAAAAAUUUAAGAAAUAUAUAAAAGCUAAAUAUAAACAGUAAGAAUUUAAAAAUAAUAAUAAACUUCUAUAUUUAAUAAUUAAUAAUAAUUUUCUAAUUAAUAAUAUAAUUCUAAUCAACAAUUUAAUUCGAAUUAAUAAAAUAAUAACUCGAAUGAUAAUUUGUUGUUUAAAAAUUAAGAAAACUUAAAUAACAUUUAACUUCUAGAAAAUAAUACAUAAACAUAAUAAUUAAAUACAGAAGCAAAUAAUUAAAGUUAAAAAUAAUAAUUUUAAAAAGUUUCAAAUAAUGUUAUAGAAGUUCAACGCAUAUUUUUAUGGGAUUUGUAAGUUUAUUCAACUGAAGAAUAUUUGAAUAAGGUAAAAUACAUAAUAUAUAUAUUUUUUAUUAAUUAAAAAAUAUUUAAUAUAGGAUUUAAUAAUUAAAGGUCCUAAAAAUAUACCUUCAGUAGAAAUAAAAAUAAUUUUUGA